AUUUCAUCAGAACCUCCUUCUCAGGCAGCCCAUUGCAUUAGACGACGGGUUCGGUUUUUGAAACCUUCAAUUUUGUUCGAGGCGUCCAGAUUAUCCAUACCACCAAGCAACAACCCCGAUACACAGUUGUCACUUACACAGCAUAUCUCACGAACAUCACCAUAAAUCGAUCGAUCUUGGUCUCCUCAUCACAAUUACAAUGGCGCCGAGGAAGCGCGCUCGGGCUAGCACCCAAACUGUUGCGACACCAACUCCUGCGCGAGAUGACGAUGCAAUGGACGUCGACACUCCCCAGACUGGUGAUAAUGAAGGUUCUAGCGAGACAAAAGAGCAACAGCCAGGCAAUAACUACAAUGAUCUUUGGACGGAUGAUCAAGUGGCUUCAUUAUUCAAGGGUGUCAUUCGCUGGAAACCAGCUGGCAUGCACAAGCACUUCCGGAUGAUAGCAAUUUCGGAGCACUUGCGGAACCAUGGUUUCGACCCUGAUUUUUACCAACACACACGCAUUCCGUAUAUUUGGCAAAAGCUCCGAACAUACUACAAUCUUGAGGUCAUCGAUGAAAGAGAGAACUUCGACGAUGACGAGAGCGAAUACAACGAGUUCUCUCUGCCAAGAUCGCAAUUCUUUGAUGCCAUGAUGGCCCGAGCCGCGGCCGACCCCAGCGAAGCUCCAACAUCACCACCCCAGCUCGAACUUUCUCCGGCACCUUCACCCGCCAAGAAGCGCAAGCGAGGUGAUACGAAAACAAGAGGCACAUCGGUAGAAGAUACGGAGGAGGGUACAGAUGCCCCAUCGCCAGCGCCCAAGUCCAAACGAGGCGCUUCGCGACAAAAGAAGAAAGCGACCCCGGCCAAGGCUGAGAAGCAAGAAAAGGCCGAGACCACAGAAGAGGAAGAAGAAGAGGAGGAGGAAGGGGAGAGCGAAGAAGAAGAAAGCGAGAGCUCUUCUAGUGAGGAAGAAGAGAGUGCUGAAGAGAGCGAAACACAAGUAUCAAAGUCCACACGAGGUGCCAAGAAGGGCCAAAAGGCUAAGACUACUAAAGCAAAGGCAAGACCAAAAAGGAGACGUUAACUUGAGAAUUAACUGGUAUGAUGCAAACGAUAGAUGGGGCGGUUCAGAUACCCUUAGACAUGGGAGUCAUAAUAAGUAUUUUAUUCACAUUAAAAAGCGAGCUUCCGAGCUCUAAUGCCCUUUCACUGGCUAGCAUCAGGUAUUGUCUCCUAUUCUCUUUCCCACUCGCUGCGGUACUUUAUCGUGGUUCUCCAAUCCCUUCCUAUGGGAAAGAUACUCUCCACAUCCAUAGUUGACCGUUGCAACGGACCCGGUUCUGGUAUCCUAGGUAGUUCAGUCAGAGGUUUCUUCUGUAGUAGAUCCCACAUCUCAGUCUCAGCCUGCCAGCUGACGUACUGGUCGCGUUCUUCGGCAUAUUGCUCCUGUCGCCGCUCACUUGCGAUGCGGUUCUUGAGAGUCUCUUUCUUCCGAUACGUUUCUGGGAAGUCGGCGGCCGAGAAGAGCAAAACCUCGUUGGCCUCCCGUGCGAUAGCAGCAUCCUCUUCGUUCGAAUGUGAGACGGGCUCCUCGAAAUCAGAGCUCAGGGCCUCGUUUCCAGAAGAGUUGGCGACUUCAUCUACGUCAGAUGGCGCUUCAAAUGCUUGGUCAGCCUCAUCGCCGCCGUUAGAAAGAAGGGUUUCCACUUCUUCAUAGCUAAGAGGUUCACGUUCUCCUUCCUCCUCACGCUGGGGCGGCUCCUCAUGGACCUCAAGUCGUAGUCUUCGUGCGCAUUGGUUCCAAAACUGAUGGGAAUUAUGAUUCAAUCCCAGGGACGAUACGGCUGCUUCCACAUCUUGUGCUCUGAUGAUUUCGCGAGUAGUUGUUACGAGUUCCUUUUUGGCCCUGAUUCUUGACUCGCUGAGAAAUAUCGUUGUUUGAACCAAUCGUUUCGUAAUUGAGACUGCCAAAGAGUGAAAGUCUUCGAACGUAGUGGCCCAUAUCGAGGGAGGCCUGUUGUCGAUAGAAUCCCAGUUCUCACUAGGAAUGGAGGAAUUCAUAAAGAUACGCUCAGAGAGUCUUAGCCACGUAUGCAGGUUGAAUAGCUUGGAGAAAGGAAGAUCCUGGCCUUCGACGACGGUUUCGCCCUUGUCUAUUCGGCGAGCAAUCCUUGGGCUGAUAUCCCAGCAGUCUCCCCAUUUGCUCUCCUCUCGCUGUUCCUCCUUUCGUUCCUGGCGCACAGAAAUAGCAUCUGCAGCCUCGUCCAAGGCGUGGCAACAUUGCUGACUUAGUUCUACGGCGGCUGGGAUCUCCGGGAAUUCAAUAGCGGGGCGUCUGACUUGUCGUUGUCUAAGAAGCCGUGCUCUUCGGAGCACGUCGAGGUAAUGAUUCACCUCGAUCUCGCUCUUGGUGCCUAUCCGGGAUGCAAUACCUGGAAGAUCACUCUGACCAAGACGAGCGAUCGCUUCGAAGAAGAUUUUCUUCUCCGGUAUCGACCAGUAAGUGAGACCCAUUUGGCUUGGAUACAGAACGGUUUCUUCGCUAUCGUCGGUAAAGCAGACACGCUGGGCUGCAUCUUCAAUAUCUCUAUUGAGAAGAUCCAAGUAUUCGGUGUUGAGAACUCCUUUCUGUCUUUUGAAGAGUCUCGGGGCUAAGUCUUCCUCACCGCGUCUUUUCAGGGAAGAAUCCUCGUUGUCUUGGUCUGUUUCAUCCUCCUUCUCACUAUACACGCUGCCAGAUGCGUCGGUUUGAUCAGCAACGUAUUGCUCGUCAAGUGGCGGUAACAGAACAUCGUCUCCCAAUUCCAAGUUUCCGACUUGCUCUGUGUCGCUUAAAUCCUCAUCGAGGGGUUCAUAAUUGGUUUCCGACUCCAUACUGGUUUGUGUAUGAUAGCUGUAAAGAUAUGAGAGGGCGAAAACAUGGUAGCAAGCAGAAUAAACCUGAGUUACUCCUGGCUAGGAGCGGGUAUCAAAGAGUAAAAUAAAAGAACCUUUGUAAUACUAAAUAAAAAAGACGAUCACAAAGUUGAUAUUGACGUUAACGCAUCGCUCAUAUUGCACCGAGA